GUCAUUGUUUUCGUCUGUCGCUCAAGUGCAAACAUAGGGACGAAAUGAGAUGCAAAAUCCUCGAAAAUGUACGAUUUCGUAUUCGUAUCACACGAUCACACGCUUGAGUGAAGUCUUUUUGGAGUCAAGGAAGAUAAUUACAAGCUGAAAUCAGUUUGGUAUAACCAACUACAGCACUCAAAACAAAAAGCAAACAGACCCGGAGACCUUACACAUCGGAGCGCGAGGAUUUGAAGCUAGAAGGCAGCGAUGGCAAAACGCAACUCAGGCAACAACAACGACAUGGGCGACCAGAGCGAGACCGUCGUGUAUGUGAACGUUGAUUAUCUGCUGUCCAUCCCGGCCGUGUUGAAGAUUCUAGAAUUCCUUUUCCUGAUAACCGCGAUGGGUUGUAUGAUCACCUAUGAUAACCACUGGGUCAGCUACCCGGCGGAACUUGUCUUCUUCCAUGUCGUGGUCGUCCUUGAUUGGAUCAUCGUCCUCGCAUUUUUCGUCAUGAUGCUUUUCACGCUGGAGCGAAGGCUGCCGGGAUACGACUGGAACCUUUGCAUUGUGUUCACUAGUUUUAUCAUGGGCGUGUUUCUCAUCGCUGCUGCGGGGCUGAUGGGUCACGAGGCCGUCAAACACCAGAAUCUAGAGUGGAAAGAUGUCUUCUCUACUGAGAUCAAGUUCACUCUGGACCACCUGGUCGCUGCUGUGAUCCUCGCUUUCAUCGCCGUACUGCUCUUUAUCAUCGACAUCAUCGUGCAUCUUGUCAAGUUUUUUCGCGAGAGAAGGCGACGUCGGUCCUACCAGGAAUAGACGUCACGACGCCCAUAGAUAGAAAGUUGUACAUGUGUGGUAUCCCAUGACUAAGCUUAUUGAAGAAGCUAUUCACGUGAAGGUUUCGCAUGGCUAGAGAUACCUGUAAUAACAGGGAGUUUAUACAUAUACACACCUAAUUAAAAAACCGUUCUGCAAAUGGCAGUUAUAAGAACGAAAGGCGCGUAUGGUAUGGGUACUAGUGAUUUGCAAAGAUGAAAGUUACAAAUGAACUCCAGUGAUGCCAGAACCAAGCAUUAGCGGUCGUUAAUGAUUAUCGUGUGAUUGAUCCAAUCAUGCAUUGCGGUUGAAAGACAACGUUUUUUUAAGUAGGUCAAUGUAUAUAGAUGUGACUGCGAGAUCAGGAAUAGACACCUCGCUAAUAUGGACACCCUGUUAAUGCGUAUAGUCCUAGGUGACACCUCGCUAAUACGGACACCCCGCUAAUAACGAAACAAAAAACACAUAUUGUAGCCUAUCCAGCAUAAAUUAUAUAGGGCGUUAUAGGAACCUUAGCAUAGCCUGGCAUGUACUGUUGCGGAGAUUUAUUAAAGUAUUUCUGUAUUGUCAUUA